UUUUAGCUGUUUUUAGGGUUUUUUUUUUUUUUUUUUUUUAUUAUUCGAAUUGGCUGUAGCUGCUUCUUCUUCUUCUUCUCUCUUCUAUUAAUGUGGCAUUUCAACAAUAAAUCAUUGAAUCACCAUGAAUGCACGAUUUAGCCUAAACAAGAACAAAAAUGGCUACAGACGUUCCGGUAAAGCAUCCGCCGGUGAAUCCCUGCUGUACGGUGUGGAAGGACAAAUGUUCCAAGCUAGAAGUUGGGCGGAAACAUUUAAGACAAGCUGUGCAGAUUCUCAAUGAACAAAUCGAUAAGAUUCAAACGGAGAAUACCACUCUCAAGAAAGCAUAUGAGCAAGAGCAGGCACGGGCAGAAACUGAGAAAGAGUGGAAAGAUAAAGAAUUGGCUGUCAGAGUUUCUUUGGAGAAUGAGAUUUCUGCCUUGAAGUCUGAAGUAUUCUCCUUAAAGCAGAAAAUAAGUGCAGAAGCUGAGGAUGAAAGGGGGGAAGUGAAGCUCCUUCAGCAUCAUGUUUCUGAAGCGGAAAAGGAAAUCACAAGGCUUAAAUCGCUUCUCGAGAAAGAGAAAAUAAGGGCAGAUUCUGAAAAGAAGAAUGCCGAGGCGCAGAAGAAAAGUGCUACUGAAGCAUGGAAACAUGUGAAAACUGAAAAGGCCAAGGCUGAUGAAGAGAGGAAGCUUGCUAAUAAUGAAGGGAAGAAGGCUGAGGAAUAUCGGCUUCAGUUAGAGAAAUUUAGGAAAGAAGUUGAUGAAGAAAAAUCAAAGCUGGUUUCUGGGACAUUGAAGCUUGAAGAGGCAGUUAAAAAAUUAGAAGCAGAAAAGCAGAAAGUGACCAAGGAGAGGAAACGUGCUGAUUUAGAGAUGGCUAAAGCAGAGGAGCAAAGGAAGCUUGCAGAAGCAAACAGGAAGAAGGUCAUAGAAGAAAAAUCUUGUGCUGAGAGUCUUUCUCAGCAGUUGAAGGAUGCUAUGCAAAGAAUUGAGGAACUACAGAAGGAGAUGAAUAGCAUUUUGUUGUCCAGAAAGUUAGAUGAGACUCCUGGUUAUCAAUGCAAUCAAAGUGAGAUGUCUGUCUUCAAUCAUCAAAUCUCCUCCUUACAGCGAAAAGGAAGUGCAGAUAUUAAAGAUAAAACAAGGGAUGCAAUACUUUUUCAAGAUUACCUUUCUGAAGAGGAAAAGGAAAUCAAUCAGCUCAAGGGGCUUCUUCAGAAAGAGAAAGAAAGAGCAGAUUCUCUAAAGAAAACUGCUGAGGCAGAGAAGAAGAGUGCUUCUGAAGCAUGGAAACUCAUGAUAACUGAAAAGGUUAAGGCUGAUGAAGAAAGGAAGAAGUCUGAGGGAUAUCAGAUUCAAUUGGAGGCAUUGAGGAAAGAAGCUGAUGAAACAAAGGCAAAAAUGAUGUCUAAUAUUUUGAAGUUUGAAGAUGCAAAUAAAAGGUUAGUAAUAGAAAAACAUCGAGUGACUGAAGAGAGAAAGUGUACUGAUUUGGAGAAGGCUAAGGGAAAGGAGCUAAGAAAACUUGCUGAAACAAAUGGGAAGAGUGUCAUGGAAGGAAAAUCUUGUGCUGGAAAUCUUUCUCAGAAAUCGGAAGGUGCUGGAAAAAGAAUGGAGGAAUUACAGAAAGAGAUAAAUAAAUUCAUCCUCUCUAGAAGUUUGGAUGGGUCUCCAGUUGAUCUAAAUUCAAAUGCUCAAGCUGCAAAAAUGAGAUUUAAGUUUUGGUUAGAGAAUUUCAUGAAAGAUGCAGAUCAUGCAGAGUUAGUUUUGGAGUUUUUAAAAUUUGAGGAGGCAAUCAAAAGGUUUGAGGUUGAAAAACAGGGGAUUGUGAUGGAGAAAAAGCACACAGAUACAGAAUUGAGGGAAGUAGAAGAGCUAAGAAAGCUUGUGGAAGUGAAUAGGAAGAUGGCAUUGGAAGAAAAAUCUCGUGCUGAUCAGCUGUCUUGUCAAAUUGAAGAAAGUAGGCGUAAAAUUGAAGAACUGCAGAAGCAGAUAGAGGAACUUUUAUCUUCUAGAAGAGUAGUUGAGGCUUCUGCUAUUUUACCUAGCAAAGAAGUGAAGACCAAAUCCAGAAAAUUGAAGCUUUUAGAAAGAAGGUUGAAGCUUGAAAAGAUGCGAUUGAAGUAUGCCAAACAAGUGGCUAAGUUGGAAAAGAUUCGCAGUAGUACUUUACAACAGGAACUAGGUCGCAUAAAGGUGGAUUCUGAUCAAAUUUCACAGCGCUUGGAUGCUCUGGAUAAAUGGUUUUCGUCUGGUGUUGAAUGUAGAGAGGACUUGGAAAAGGAUGGAGUAUCAGUGAACAUGCAGAGAUCAAAGCUGAAAAGGAAGUUUGGUGAUUUAGAACCAUCCCAGAAGUAUGUUCCUAAAGAAAGUGAGCUCAAGCCUAGUUGCAUGGCUAAGGCUACCUGUUAUCCUCUUAGUCAAUCCCUGUACCACAAAUCUCGAUUGCUCCCUGCAUGUAAAGGGGACUGUGCUGAAUCCAUUUCAAGUAUUGAUUCUCAAUUGAAGUCUCUGCAUGAAAGUUCUCAUAAAAAAAUGUUACAGAGUUCUGCAAUAAAUUCCAGGUCAGCAUCUUUUUCUGAUAGUAAGUUGCUUGACUCACAGGAAAUGGGUGCUUUUGUUUCCAAAUCAGAGAAAUGGGUAGAGAACUCUGAUGGACAAACAACAAUUUCUGGAUUAUCUGGUGAAGUGACCAAAAUGCAGUUCAAUGAAAAUCUAGCUGUGGUGGCUGAAAAUAGUAUCAGAAAUCCUCUUGGCGUUGAUAGUUCUAGAAGAGUUAAUGGACAAAACAGAAAGUGGAAGAAAAUGGUUGAUGCAAUUGAAUCGAUUGAAUUUUUGUAUUCAGAAGGUAAGAAGUUGGAUGUGCAGAUGGAAGAAAAACUGUGUGUCUUGCAUGGUAUGUUAAACAGAGAAAUUGAGAAACCACUUGAUGAAUUGAAGCUUGUGGAAGCUAGUGCUCUAGGUGGUUCAUAUGCUAAGCAUGAGAGGGGUCACAAGAGAAAGGCACCUUGUGAUGAGACAAUAAUUAUGCAACAUUUUUGCAGCAUAGAUGAGCAGAAGGAGAUUGUACCAAUUGGAAAUGAAGUUCUUGAUGAUGCAAAUGCCUGCAGACAUGCUUCCCCUUCUGUCAUUAAUCAGUUGGGAAUCCCACUAGAAUGCAUCAAGGGAUUAAGUGAUUCUUUUGAAAGUGACCUUGCAAUUAUGGAAAGGGUUGAGGAAGUAGAAAAUGGGGUUUACAUGAAAUUAUUGGACUUGGAUAAUACUGCAGAUGAGGAAAGUUACAGGAAAGCACUGGAAAUGCCCUUGUCACCUAAUCUUCCUGAGAUUGAGAUUUCUAGUGCUGAUAUAUUUGAUAUGGAUAAGUUUGAAGCAGGUUAUAGCGUCCAUGGAGGAUUGUCAAAUGAGAAAGGCAUCAAGGUGCCUUCUCACAGUUUUGACGUUGUUGAUGUGGAAAUUAGUUCCAAAAACUUGACAUGUAAUGCCUCGGGAACUUCCUGUGGUGAAUUACUGCAGGGGAAUCAAGGUCUUGUUAAUUCUUUUGAUAUGUUUGGCAAUGAAAAUGGCUAUUGUAAUAUGGAAAUUGAAAGAGCUUCUGAUAAGCAGACUGGUGGGGAUUCUGAAGUGCUCAAGAUUUCAAACAUACCUAUUUCCAGGGAUGGGGCCCUGAAAUUUUCAUCUGAAAGCAAACUUGAAUCCGUGCAUGACAAUAUUCCUGCAUAUUGUGUGGUGUUUGCUAAUACUAAGGACUCUAGCAGUGUUUCGAGAAUAUUUUGUGCGACAAGAACUUGUGUGGUCCACUGCUCUUUGGAUACUGAAACCCAGUGCAUGGUCCAAAAGAUUUUGGAUGUUAUAAAAAUGGAAGAGGAACUUUUACCCAAGGAUAAGGCUUGUGCAUUUUUCACAUCGAUUCUGCUGAAUUUCUCUGUGAGUGCUUUGGGGAAGCCUGGAUGUUUUUUGGAUAGGGAUUUUCUCCAUUGCCUAGAUUUAUUUGCUGGGCAAAUAAAUUCAGUGGUGUCAGGUGUUGAUACAAGAAGUUCAGUUGCAGGUUUAGGUUGUUUGAAUGAACUGCUUCAUCUCAUUGAGGAUUUUCUCAUAAAUGGGCAAGUGAUGGUGCUGGCUGAUGUAUCUUCUGAGACAUUGAGUGAAUUUGGUUCAAGGAUGAAUAUCUUUCUGGAUGGUUUAAACAUAAAUAUGUUCUCGAAACCUGCUUCAGCUGAUCAAUUGGUGGCAGGGAGCAUCAUAUUGGCAUCAAUAUGUAAAGCUAUAGACCGCAUCGAGAUUAUUUUUGAGGCUUCUUACAAUCUUUUGCGGAUUCGAAAAUAUGAUACUGGUGUUUUAUUGACCAUUCUUCAUGUUUUUGCAUACAUUGGCGGCAGUAAAUUUUUCUCGCUGAAGGAAUACAGUUUGACAGUGACCGUGUUAAAAUCAAUAAUAUUUUUUCUUGAAGGACAUUCAUCAGUUGCUUCAGCACAUUCAUCAGUUGCUUCAGCUUCUUCAUGCCUUUCAUCUUUGCAAGAGGUUGGACUUAAGUUCCAUCUGUGUGCGAAAUGUCCGUUUGAUGCAGUUUCAGUGGAUGUGGUUGCAUCAAUGCUGAUGGAAAAGCUUCAUAGUUGUGUUUUAUCAGGAACCAUGCAUCAGCAUCUCAUGGAACUGGAUAAUUUAUCAAAUUCCCAUGCUAAGGAGAGUUUAAGUGCUGAAAUAGUUUCUUGUGCCCUUCAUGUGAAUUGUGAUGCAUCUUGUAGUACAAAUAAGUGUGUGAUGCCUUCUGAUUCAAAUUGUGUCCAUAGUCGGACUUUAUGUUACCUUAGUGAUGUCCUAUCUUUGGUGGAACUGCUCGCUUGCUACAUGAGCUGGGAGUGGACAUGUGGUAAAAUUAUCCCCGUGUUGCUGGAAAUUUUGGAAAGACCUAUGCUAGAUGAUUUUGCUGUUGCUGUUGUUGUUCUGCUUGGUCAGCUUGGGAGGAUUGGAGUUGCUGCUUGUGGUUACCAGGACAUGGAAGUUGAGAACUUGAAAUGUAAAUUAUCUGGUUAUCUGUUGCGGGAUAGUACCAUCAGAGCAUCUUUUCCUGUUCAAAUUGCCGCCAUUACUUCUUUGCUAGGACUUAUGUCUCUUAAUUUUGAAGAUGUCGUCCAGAGUGAAUUGAGGCUUCCAGAAGUUGCAAGUCAAUCUGUUUUUAAACUUAUAAGAAAUUGGUUUUCUUCAUUAGGCAAGGAGCAACAGACCUUGUCGUUCAACCUCUUACAGUCUGCUGCAAUAGUUACAAGGUGAAAGUAUCUCUAAUCUGACCAUGCUUUUCCAGUCUGAAGUAGGGCAUUCGCAGUAGCAAUUAGGUAUUAUAAAUUUAAAUUAAAAAUGUAGGAAAUCUCUGGGGUCUACCAUUUAAUAGGUUUUGCCCAAUGAGAAUUCUGAGAUUAAAAACCAGGGAUUUUUAAUGAUGAGCAAGAAGGAAAAACAGGGCGAUUUUGAGAUGUAGGUGGCUGUAAGCCCUUGUAUUAUUGUGUAAAUCCGUAAAUUUUUUGGACCAUCUUUGUUUGUUACAUUAUUUCCUGGCUGAUAUGACAUUAAUUGAUUUUUUUUUUAAACCUCUUUAUGGGAAUUGCAAGUUGAUUGUGCAAA